AAAAAGAAGCUUACGUGGCAAUGAUAUUUGUGCAGCUUGCAUAUGCAGGCAUGGCCUUGUCCUCUAAAGCUUCGAUUUCUAAAGGAAUGAACCCUUACGUUUUCGUUGCUUAUCGGCAGGCAUUUGCCACUCUUGCCCUCGCUCCUUUCGCUUACUUCUUCGACCGGAAGAAAACGGAGCCUCUGUCAUACCGUCUAAUCUUGAAGAUUUUCUUGAUUUCAUUGUUCGGAAUCACUCUGAGUCUGAAUCUGUACACGUACGCAAUAAACUACGUCUCCGCAACUUUUGCUUCCGCCAGCAUCAACACAAUUCCCGCACUCACCUUCCUAAUCGCUGUCGCAUUCAGAAUCGAGAGUUUUUCGGUGAAGGAUUUUCCGGGGAUAAUGAAGUUUGUGGGUUCCGUAAUUAGCCUUUCCGGGGCAUUAGUUUUCGCAUUCGUAAAAGGGCCGAAAUUAAAUUUCAUGAACCGGUCGAAUGCUAUUUACAAUACAAAUAAUAUUAUUACUCAUUUCACUACCAAAGAGAAGUCAAUACAAGGUUGUCUGCUUAUGCUUUCAGCCAACACUGCUUGGUCCUCCUGGAUUGUCAUGCAGGCAAGUCUAGUGAAGCAAUAUCCAGCAAAAAUUAGGCUAACAAUGCUGCAGUGUUUGUUUAGCUGCGUACAGUCAACGGUUUGGGCAAUGAUUAUGGACAGAGAUAAAUCAGCUUGGACACUUAAUUGGGAUUUAAAUCUUUUUUCUGUCGCAUAUUGUGGUAUAGUAGUAACUGGAAUAUCAUAUUGGCUGCAACUUUGGGUAGUGGAGAACAAAGGCCCACUUUUUGCAGUCACAUUUACUCCAUUAGCUCUUAUUUUUACUGCUAUCUUCUCUGCUUUUCUUUGGAAGGAGAUACUCUAUUUGGGAAGUAUAUGUGGAGGCAUAUUACUGGUUGGAGGAUUGUACUGUGUGAUAUGGGGGAAGAAUAAAGAAGAAGCAAAUAAUAUAAUACAGAAAUUAUGUGAUGAUGCUAAAGAAGAGACCAAUGUUAUUACUACUGUCUAAUUAAUUAGUGCAUUAUGUGUCAUAAUUCAUGAUUCAUAAUUAAUUAUUGCUCUUUUUUGCUAAUGUACAGUAGGAUUCCCUUUUCUUUUUAUUUUUAUUUAUUUUUUUGG